AUGAUGUACCAAAUUAUAGUUUUAUUUGACGGCUACUCAAAACAGCUGGAGGAUGAAAAAACGGAAGCAAAUUGCUCGUGUACGUUGAUAAAAAGUCCGACAAUAAAUAUAAUUGUUGACACCAUGACUGCUUGGGAUCGUGAUAAAAUAGUGACAGCUCUGAGAGGUCAUAACAUUAAACCAGAGGACAUUAAUUAUGUCAUCUGUACUCAUGGUCAUGCUGACCAUAUUGGUAACAACAAUUUAUUUACCCAUGCAAGACAACAUAUUGUAGGCCAUUGCAUACAAAGAGAGACGAUAUUUGAUGAAUCUCAGAUUAGUACCAAAGGAGAGUAUCAGUUGAAUGAAGACAUAAAAAUUAUAGCAACUCCUGGACACACUGCUGAGGACAUCACGCUCUUAAUCAAAAACUGCCGAAUAAUAAACAAUGAUGCGAAUGACGUUGAUGGAUCUCAGGCUCUGCAGACCCACCGCGUGGCAAUAACUGGGGAUUUGUUUGAAAAAGAAGCCGACAUCGCGAACCCUGAGCUGUGGAAAGCGGUGGGCUCCAAAGAACUCCAGCAAAUCCAAGCAAAAAAUCGGCUGAUGAUUAUCAAGACCGCUGACUAUAUUGUACCAGGACACGGGGCUCUGUUUAAAGUUACUGAAGACAUGAUUAAAUUAUUAGAGUCGCAAUUGUAAUUAAAAAAAAAGUACUUGGGGUUACCUUUGCAACACAAUAUUUUAUUUAAACAAUUAAUUAAUUAAUUAAUAUAUUUAUGAUAUUAUAAAAGUAA